AAAGAUAAAAGAGAAGCUAUGAAGUUUGGUAAGAGUCUGAGCAAUCAGAUCGAGCAGACACUUCCUGAAUGGCAAGACAAGUUCUUAUCUUACAAAGAGCUCAAGAAACGACUCAAACUCAUCCCUUCCAAAACCGGUGAUCGUCCCGCUAAACGUCUCCGUUUUGAUGAUGAGUUUUCCGUCGGAAUGUCCAAAGAAGAGAUCAAUUUCAUCCAAUUGCUUGAAGACGAGUUGGAGAAAUUCAACAAUUUCUUCGUUGAGAAAGAGGAAGAAUAUAUCAUCAGGUUAAAGGAAUUUCGAGAUAGAAUUGCGAAAGCUAAGGAUUCAAUGGAGAAGAUGAUAACAAUCAGAAAGGAGAUUGUUGAUUUCCAUGGAGAAAUGGUUCUUCUUGAGAAUUACAGUGCCCUUAAUUACACUGGAUUGGUUAAGAUACUGAAGAAGUAUGACAAAAGAACUGGUGAUCUCAUGCGUUUACCCUUUAUCCAGAAAGUUCUUCAACAACCCUUUUACACUACAGACUUAUUGUACAAGCUCGUCAAGGAAUCUGAAGCAAUGCUUGAUCAGUUCUUCCCUGCUAACGAACCGGAGUCUGAGGUUAUCCAAGCAGAGCUCUCAGAGCACAAGUUCAUGGAGAGCCUCCAUAUGAAGAGUACAAUCGCUGCUUUGCGGGUUUUGAAGGAGAUCAGAAGCGGAAGUUCUACUGUAAGCGUGUUUUCAUUGCCGCCUCUUCAAUUAAACGGGUUAGACGAGACUUGGAAGAAGAUUCCGUUGUUGGAGCAAGAAGCCAAGUAGAGAGGGAGGCACACUCGCUCUUUUCCACUUUUUUAUUAUACAUUAGAAGAAGCUAACAGAUUAAACAAGACAUUAUCAUCAAUGUACACAAAAAAGGCAGAAGAAACGAUAGGAUGUUUUUCUGGACAUCAUCUUUGGUCGGUCAUAAGUCCUUAGGUUACACAACUGCAAUGUAACUUUGUUUCUGUGUUGGGUGUAGUAGUUGAUGUAAUAUACCAUCACUUAAGAU